CGUCGCUGUUCCCCACACGACACCGUUUCACUCGUAUUCCUCUUAGGUCCAUCCUUUUCUCUCUACCCAACAAACGGAAACGUUCGCAGCUGGCUCACUCUUUGCCUACGUUCAGACGCAACACAAAAAGCAGGACACACUGACACGCCAAAUACGAAGACUCGGACUCUCUUGUUCUGGUUUCUGUUUAUGCUUCUUUUAAUGGCUGAAUCCGGGUUUCAACUAUGAAGAUCACUGAAAGCCCGCAUCCCCGGAAAAGGCCGACUUCAGCUUCAGAUCUCAAGCUCACUCGUAAGAACACCGGAAUCCUAGUCUGAACCGGGUGAGAAAGCCCGGAGUCCCGGGUCGACGGAGUAGACCGGAGACCCCGCUCUUGAAGUGGAAGGUUGAAGAUAAGGAGAGGAACCGGAAGGCUGAGGUUGAGGAAGAGGAGGUUAAUGAGGAUGGGUGGAGAAGUCGCCGGCAACAUCGAAAGGCGGCGGCGGUCGUGUCUGCGAGGAAGCUCGCUGCUGCACUUUGGCGGUUGCAGGGGUCGGAGAAUGGCAGCAGUGGCCGUGGAGAGUGUUUGGAGCGGUUAGGGUUUCAGAUGUGUGUACACGUGUUAAAUUGGCUUUUGCGAAAGGAAUGUAUCUGGAAGUGUUUAAAUGGCUUCCGAGAAAUUUAGGCUGUUUACUGCUGUACUGCAUUUUGUCAUUUUGUUAUUUACUCUGAUCUAUCUGUCUGACUUGCCUGGUUCUGGACAUGUUGAUGUUCCAUUUCAUGUUCGUCGAAGUGGCAAAGCAUAUGGUUCUGAACCAAAGGAUCCUUUACAGAGCCCUAGCUCAUCUAUCACUGGCAUUAAGAAUGGAUUCUUAUGUAAGCUCGAGCCUUCUUUUCAGUUUUCUAAUUCUGCAAUGGAGGGGGCAACGAAGUGGGACCCUGUCUGCUUAAAAAAAUCAGAUGAGGCACAGCAGAUCUAUAGCAACAUCAAGCUUCUUGACCAACAGGUAAGCGCUGUAUCAGUGGUUGCUGCUCUUGAAGCUGAACUAGAGCAGAUUCGCACUCGCAUGCAGGAGCUUGAGACUGAGCGUAGGUCUUCAAAAAAGAAACUUGAGCACUUCUUGAGGAAAGCCAGUGAAGAAAAAGCUGCAUGGCGGAGCAGGGAACGUGAGAAAAUCCAUGCAUUUAUUGAUGACCUCAAAGUGGAGUUAAGUCGAGAAAGGAAAAAUCGCCAAAGAGUAGAAAUUGUCAAUUCCAAAUUAGUUAAUGAGCUGGCAGAAACAAAAUUAACAGCAAAAAGGUAUAUGCAGGACUAUGAGAAGGAAAGAAAGGCGAGAGAAUUAAUUGAGGAAGUGUGUGAUGAGCUUGCUAAGGAAAUUGGGGAAGUUGAAGCAUUAAAAAGGGAUUCAAUGAAGCUCCGAGAGGAAGCGGAAGAUGAAAGGAAAAUGUUACAGAUGGCAGAGGUCUGGCGUGAAGAACGUGUUCAAAUGAAGCUGGUUGAUGCAAAGAUAGCGCUUGAGGAGAAGUACUCUCAGAUGAACAAACUUGUAGCAGAACUGGAGACAUUUCUGAGGUCAAGAAGUGCACCACCAGAUGUUAAAGAAUUGAAAGAAGCCGAGACGCUACGACAGGCUGCUGUCUCUGUGAAUAUUCAGGACAUCAAAGAAUUUAAAUAUGAGCUGCCCAACCCAGAUGAUAUCUUCUCUGUAUUUGAAGAUGUUAAAUUGGGUGAACCCAAUGAGAAGGAGAUUGAACAAUGUGGUGCUUAUAGUCCUGUCAGCCAUUCCUCAAAAAUUCAUGCUGUAAGUCCUGAGGUCAGUGAGGUUAACAGAGAUAGCAUUCAUAGGCACUCUAUUGCAUAUGUUGAGCAGAAUAUUGAUGUGGAAGAAGAUGAUAGUGGAUGGGAAACUGUGAGCCAUCUUGACGAUCAAGGCUCAAGUUAUUCACCUGAAGGGAGUGCAUUAGCUAUCACUAAUCGGCGACAUAGUAAUGUUUCAAGGAGUGGAAUGGAAUGGGAUGAUAAUGGAUAUGAAGGAACCCCAAUUACUGUAAUCAGUGAAGUAUGCUCAGGCCCAACAAAGAAGAAGGUGUCAUCUAUAUCAAGGCUCUGGAGAUCUGGCCUGAGUAAUGGAGAAAACUAUAGGAUAAUCACGGUUGAGGGGAUGAAGGGUAGGCUUUCAAAUGGAAGAUUAUCUAAUGUGAGUAUUGCAUCACCAGACCGGGGGUCUGGUAAAGGUGGGCUCAGCCCUCCGGAUUUGACAGGUCAAUGGAGUUCACCAGACUCAGGAAAUCCUCACAUUAUGCGAAGCAUGAAAGGGUGCAUCGAAUGGCCUCAAGGUGCACAGAAGAAUAGUUUGAAGUCGAAGCUUUUGGAGGCAAGGAUCGAAAGUCAGAAGCUUCAGCUGCGACAGGUUCUUAAACAGAAGAUUUAGGAGUAGCUCGUGAAUUUGGAAGCCGAAGCUUGCUGAAGGUUACUGGAAACGUCAGUGGAAAUAAGUGAUUUAUCUUUCAACCAGCUAAGGAACACCUUAUCUCCAGCGAGUCCAAGCUGCUCAAGAAGUUCCUGAAAAGCUUGUGAAUAAUUACACAAGAUCGGUCUCAUAAACUUGCUCAUGUCCCAGCGCCAACUUUUCUCCUGCAUCUCAUGCAAUGCCCUGGAGUCUUGUUUUAUGUUAUAUGUCAAAAUAUUGGAAACAACUUAUCUUGGUCCUAUUGUUGGAUCCUCCAUUGUGAUGAGAUGCACUGAUUUCAAUCAUUGGGAGUAUAGCAAAUUUCUUUUCCUGUGAUCCAGGGGGAGCAAUUAGUGCUCUUUGUAUCUUUGAAGAUGUCAGGACACCAUCAAUAAAAGUAAAUUUUAGACCAAAAA